AGAAAGAGGUGGGGGCGGUGGUGCUGAUUCUCAAGGGAUAGAUGAGUGUGGGAACAUUCUGAGCUUGGCUUUUUGUGAGAACAUUAUGUUACCAUGGUGGCUGGCAAAGAUUAGCAACUACUCAUCUUUUUUCAUUUCUUCACUUGUUUUCAAGCUCUUUCCCUUUUCUUGUUUUUCUUCCUCAAAACUCUUGGGAUUUUGGUAGCCACUUUGAGCAUUCAACCUUUCUUGAUUAGCAGAUAUAUACAUCAAGAAAAUGAAGUUUAUGAAGCUGGGCUCCAAACCUGAUCAGUUUCAGAAUGAUGGGGACAAUAUCAGAUAUGUAGCAACAGAGUUGGCCACUGAUUUGAUCAUUAAUGUUGGUGAUGUCAAGUUUUAUCUCCACAAGUUUCCUCUUCUCUCCAAGAGCUCUCACCUUCAGAAGCUCGUUGGCAACGCGAACGAAGAAAACGAUGAGAUUCGCAUAGACGACAUCCCGGGAGGACCUACUGCACUUGAAAUAUGUGCCAAGUUCUGCUAUGGCAUGGUCGCCACGCUCAACGCUUACAACGUUGUUGCAGCACGCUGUGCAGCAGAGUAUCUUGAAAUGCACGAGGCUGUCGAGAAAGGAAAUCUCAUAUACAAGAUCGACGUCUUCCUCAGCUCCAGCAUCUUCCGAAGCUGGAAAGAUUCCAUCAUUGUUCUCCAGACUACACGGUCUCAUCUCCCCUGGUCCGAGGAGCUGAAGAUCGUCAGCCACUGCCUCGAUUCCAUAGCUUCCAAAGCUUCCAUCGAUCCCUCCAGAGUGGAUUGGUCGUACACAUAUAACAGGAAGAAGCUCAUGUCCGGGAACGAACAGGAUCCUCUGUGGAACGGUGUGAGGCAGCAGCAAACCGUUCCUAAAGACUGGUGGGUUGAGGAGCUUUGUGAGCUUCAUAUUGAUCUGUACAAACGCGUGAUUUCAACGAUACGUGCUAAAGGGAGAGUUUCUGCUGAUGUGAUCGGGGAAUCGUUGCAAGCUUAUGUCUCAAGAAGGCUCCCUGGCUUCAGCAAAGGCACUAUACGAGGCGGAGACACACUCAAGUACCGAUACUUGGUUGAAACUAUCACGGAGUUGCUGCCAACGGAGAUAAACUCUGCACCGUGUAGUUUCCUGCUUAAGUUACUUCAAGCUUCGUUCGUGUUGGGGUGUGGAGAGCUGGGGAGACGGGAGCUGAUGCAGAAAAUCGCCCUGCAGCUCGGGGAAGCAACAGUGGCUGAUUUUCUGAUCCGUUCGCCUAAUGGUGAGAUGGCCUUAUAUAACAUAGACAUAGUGUAUGACUUGGUUGAACAGUUUGUGAUGCAAGAACACAGCGACUGCUCUCUCGAUCCCAAGUUUAACGACAUGUACAACGGAUUCCCUUCCGAUGCUGCCAAGGAAAAUGUUGCUACGUUGGUGGAUAGUUAUCUGGCUGAAGCUGCACGAGAUGCCUCGUUGCCUCUGUCCAGAUUUCUCGACCUAGCAGUGAUGGUCUCGAGCUUUCCAAGACAGACGCACGACAGAAUCUACCGCGCCAUUGACAUGUUUCUCAAGGAGCACCCGGAGAUUAGUAAGAGCGACAAGAAGAAGAUGUGCCGGUUAAUGGAUUGCAGGAAGCUCUCGGGCGAGGCGUGUGCGCAUGUUGUGCAAAACGAGAGGCUCCCGUUGCGGGUUGUUAUGCAGGUUCUCUUCUUCGAGCAUAGCCGGGCAGCUGGAGGAGGCGGUGAUCACACAAUGUCUAUCAAGGCCUUGCUUCCCGGGGGUUCGUAUGGGAGCUCGAGGUCUGGCACGACCAACACGGACGACGACUGGGAGGGCGAGCAGACGUCCGAGGAGAUCAAGUCGUUGAAGGCGGAGCUGGCUUCGCUGAGGCUGAAAAACGGAGGAGGCGGAGCAGAGAAGGGCGGGGCCAGAGGAGCGAAGAUGGUGUCGAAGAUGUGGUCGAACGAGAACAGCGGCUCGGACACGUCGGGGAGCUUGGAGGAGAGUAGAUCGACACCUUCAAGGAGUAGUAGGAGACGCCCUUUGUAAUAGAAUUGCUAUCAAACUUUGGAUGUAUUGUGUUUUGAGUUUUGGCUUUGGUUAAUGAUGUUGUUACAUAUGUAGAGAUAGAGGUGAACUUUGUCCUAAUUCUCUCUACAAAAAAUUACACUUGAAAAUAAUGAAUGACUUAUUUUGGGAGUA